UACAAGUAGAAUGUAUUUUUUAUAAAGCACCUCUUUAUAUUACAGUUUUUCUCUAUUGGUUUGGCUCAUUCCUUGAAACAGAAAUUACAUUCUCAAACCUCUAAGAUCAUUUGGCAAAACACUUUUAUAGUUUAGGAGAACACUAUAGCUCACCUGCAAAAGCUCAUGCAUCUUCCAAAACUGUUCACUCAGGCUUCAAUCUAAAUCCCUUUCUCAUUUAAACAGUCAGUGUCUCCUAAAUGGCAAAGAUCCUUCUCAAUAGCUUUGGCUCAUUUCUCGACACAGAUCGGACAUUCUCAUCAUUCUUGGUGCUUUUGUCAGAAUAAACCUGGAUGGUUGAUCACAAUAACAUGGCUUACCUACAAAAGCUCAUAUCUCUCCUAAAACAGUUCACUCAUGUGUCAAAACUACAUUUCUUUCUAAUCUGAAUAGUCAGUGCCCCCAAAAUGCAUCGUCCCUUUGGCAUUGUGUGAGUAAUGCCAUACAAAAUAUUUAGAUGUUUUGUCACUAUGGCAGAGGACCAACAAUACAACCAAAAAGAGUAGCCUCCAAGGUUUGACAUCACAGAUUGCACUCACACUACCAAGGAAAUUAUAACCAUUUUUUAUUCACACGCAAAGAAAGUUUCAUACAUUUGUAAAAAGAAAAUGUACGUUACAGUAAUACAGUAAAUUGUAUGAACACAAAAUCAAAACAAGGACGUAUUCAGUGGUCGCUGUACUCAUUCUCCCGCUCUUGUCCACUGUCUUCACUCUCCUGAUUAUUUACACGCUGUUGCCCAUCUGGCCACAGAUUCUCGUCCACACCACAGCAGAUAUUUUCUCUUGCGAUGCAACGAGGGAAGAAACGGCGUGCAUGCCGCAACCAUCCCCAGCAUUGAUCUCCUGUAGUGUCGUCACACGCUGCGUCCAUAGCAUGGAGCAGGGACGGCUGAUCCUGAGCAUGAUGCUCAUACACUCUCCACCUCCAAGCAGAGAAAAACUCCUCUGUCGGAUUGAAGAAAGGAGAGUAAGGUGGUAGGAGCUCCAUGACAUCCUUGGAUGCGCUGCAAACCAGCCCCUAAUGAGUGGGCUAUGGUGGAAAUUGACAUUGUCCCACACAAUAACAUAAAUGGGUAGGUGAGGCCCUAUGAGACCUCUCUCAUUUUCAGGGAUAAAAUCAGUAUAAAGGCGAUCCAAGAAGAUGAGGAGCUUGUGUGUGUUGUGUGGGCCAAGACUGGGGAUGUGAGUGGCCACACCAUUGUCAGAAAUGGCAACACACGAUCACGGAAAACACCUGUGUGUGACACUCCCUGUUCGUUAGUCUAGUUUCACCUGACUGUCAAUGACUGUCAUCAAUGUAUCAAAUAUUCAAAGAAAUUGAUAUGUGGUAUUCAUGGUAUUAAGUUAUUGACCAGUUCUGACAAUUGAACAGACAGUUGUGCAUGCGAGUACUUAUGCAAUGAAAUCAUGCUGACAUGUUUUGGAGAGAAGGAUCAUUAGACUGAGAAUCAACUAAUCAGUUUAGAUCUACAAGAUCUAUUCAUUUGGAAAAUGUGCUAAAUGUGGGCUAACCUUAUAAAUGUAGGCUACAUGUACUUAAUCAUUUGCAAAGAUGCACUGAGACAAUUGAGACAUGUACCAAGGCAUUUGCCAUUUGAUAAAAUGAAUAAGAAAUGCCAUUCUGUUGUGAACAUUUGCCAAGAGGUUUGGAGGUUUGUCCAUGUUAUUUUGAGAAUGUAAUUUCUGUUUCAAGAAAUGAGCCAAACCAAUGGAGAAAAACUGUAAAACCACAACUCCAUCCACAAGCACGGUAAAAAUAAAAUGUUUGUAUGAUAUGAUUUAUUUGACUGUAUUGUGAAUUAGGGCUGGGCAAUAAAUCGAAAAUGUAUCGUUAUGGAAACUUCUGACUCUUAUCGUGAUAAUUUUUCCCAAGUCAAUAAAUUUGAUAAUAAAGAAAUGAAAAACUGUGUGUAUGUUGGCAACAUUCAUGUCCGUUUAACAAGAUGUACCACCUUGAGUUACGUAAAAAUGUGACUCAACGUAAUACACGUGACAGCCCCAUCUAGUGGACAACUUUUGUUUCUGCGCAUACCUGUAGUUAUCGUCCAUUUAUCGUUAUCGAGGUGAAAUCCUCAAUAUAUAUUGUGAUAUUGAUUUUAGGCCAUAUCGCCCAGCCCCAAUGUGAAUAACUUGUUGAACCUUGAUUUGAAGAAAAUUGUAAGUCAAACUGAAAUUGCAGUUUCUCCUAGAAAAAUCGCAAUUGAAUAUUUUCCUAGAACUGUUCAGCCCUAAUGCCGACACACACAUGCUCUCAGUGUACGCCUUUUGCUUUGGGUUAAACGUUGGUAGCUUUGAUCUGAGGUCUGUGUGAGUUCAACACCCUGCUACUUUGUUCUGUAUCAAGAAUAGAACCAAACGCAGUACUAUGAUGGCAGAGGGGGGAACGUUGAGUCUUGUUAUGAAUUCUAAAUGCCACUGUCUCCUGUUAAAUGGUGUGUGUGCGUGUGUGUGUGUGUGUGUGUGUGUGUGUGUGUGUGUGUGUGUAAGGUGGUUCAACUCAGAAAAACAUUUUUUUCAAGGACUUGGUUAAUUAGGUGUUUUCAAAGCCAUGCAUGAAAUAUUGUUAAAAGUGGAAAGAAGAGCAUUUCUGAGCUUUUUACUCAUAUAACUGAACUAUUUUACUUUUCAUAAAAUGUUUCAUCUUUUCUUCUGAAACACCUGCUAGUUGGGUUAAGACAAUAGUCAACCCUUUGUAAAUAUUUCUGAAUGAAAAACCAAAAAUCACAUUGUGCUAUGGCCACAUCCCAGACAUUGGUGCAGCGGGCUCUGUGAUGAACCAGAGAAGAACAUUUGCUUUAGAACCAUGGAGGAAGAUUCAGUCAUGAAAACACUCAAGUCUAAGAAACACUCUUCUGAAAAUUAAAACAGACUAAUCAGCUUUAAACCUAGAGUGUUUAUUUGCAGGAUUUAAUGUGAGACCUAGGUCCUGAAAUACAGGUUUAAUUGGAACCACCUUUCUUACCCUGAACCAGUGAAACCAGUUGGUUUUCCACAGACAACACAUGAUGGAAAUGCAGGAGAGCAGAUGUUCCUGACGCUGUUGGAGGUUGUGGGUUGUGAGAUUUAGGAUGUGGGGUCACCUGGUAUGUGUGUACUUUUGUGGGUUUCUAAAAUGGCUUUACUGUGGAUGGAAAUGUUUAAAUUUCCCCCUCCAUCACAGGGGAGGUAGACCAUUCAGGUUUCCAGUAGCAGUAAUAUGACGUGUGCAGGAUGGCUGUUUUUCCACGUCUGUCACCCUAAACACUCUCAGGUUGGUUUUUCAAACGUCCACUAUUGUGCUGAAAUCUGCUCUGCCAGUUAAAUAUUGUUAUUUGUAAAUGUUCUGGUCAAAUAAAUGUAGAACCCAUUGAACACAUUAAAGUGUGGUACAAAAUGACCUUUUCCCAAAGUUGAACUUAAAUUAAGCUAAUGGAAUAUUUCAUUUGUUACCUCAACCAAAAAUGGUUCUUAUGGGUUAUGGCAUGUGAGACAAACCUAACAGCUUUACAUUUCUCAAAGCCUGAACUCAGUUGUCUGACACUUGUUUAUGAGUUUAGGAUUCAUUCAUUCAUUCAUUCAUUCAUUCAUUCAUAAAGCGCCUGCCUUUCCUGUCAAGGCAGCUCAAAGUGCUGAACACAACAAUGCAAAACAACGAGCAUUAAAAUUGAGAAUGGUCUAUCCUAAUAGUUAAAUUUUAAAAAGUACUGCACAUGAGCUCGUGUUGAGUACCAAUACAGGCAAACACUGCAUUCCUAUAAAAACUAAAACCAAGCAAAAGUCAGUUAAAAACAAUCAGACCAGAGGCCUAACGGGCUGUUGUGAGUCUGUAGUGCAUUUUCAGUUAUGCUUUAAAAGUCCCAAUGGAAGUUGCACAUCUAAUUUCCAGUGGACGGCUGUUCCACAAUUUAGGUGCAAAGGCGGCAAAAAUUCUGUCUCACGGCUCUUAAGGUUAGUUUGUGGAACAACCAGUAGGUUGUUGGCAGCGGAGCAAAGUCGUCUUGAAGGGGCGUGUUUCUGCAGGAGUGACGAUAGAUAAGGUCCCUGCUAGUGACUGGAAUGUGAAUACAAGAAACUUGAGGUCAAUGCCUUACUUUACCGGAGUCAUCUGGAAAACAGAAACAACUCUACCUGCUUGUCUUUGACCUCUUCGCCCCAGUAAUUUUCCACUGAUCUUGCUGAGGCUUGAUUAGCUCCUUAUAUUGAUGAGGUGAACCUCAAAGUCCAAUCUCAGAGCACAAUGACAUCAUCACUGUAAAUAUUUGAUCAAUUCUGCUAAAAAAGAAAAAAGAAAGUCUGUUAUUCUACACCAGUUUGGACUAUGCAUUAGUCAGUUUUUGUUUUAAUUUUGGUUCACAAACCAAAAAUGAUUAGCAAAACAAUAUGAGUAAUAGAACAACUUUAUCACAUUAAACUGUACAAACAUGCUUUUAUUUUGUAAUGUCAUCCACAUUGUGAAAUGAGGGCAAAACACACUGGCAGUACGUCUCAGAAUAAGUUAUUAUUGUUCUCAAUCCUCACCUGACUCUCACUGGCCCUGUGAUGUGCCAUCAACACUUAAUCACACAAUCAACUCUGAUGAUGAGGGAAAAAAAACAUGUCUCACUCUGUACCUAAACCAUAUUUGGACAUCCAGUUUCCUGUAGCGGCUCUUCUCCGCUUUUAUAGCAGCACUGUAAUUGAUCAGGUAGGAAAUUAGGUAUAAUAUACUAACCUCUGCCAAAUGCGGAAAUCAAUCUGUGCCUGCAGUCUUCCUAAACUCUAGGUAAUGGUAUAUCCAUUUAUCGUAAUGUAAACUAAUUAUUAUCUAGAUGCAGAUUAACAUUAGCACAUAAAUGUACAUAAAAUAUACAUAAGAUCCAUCUGUAGCUUGAAACAUGAAUGCUCCAUUAAAAGUAUAUCAACUAUUUUGUCUAAAUUAUGUGAAAAAGUGCUACUUUCUUAUUCUCGAACAGGUUUUUUUUCAUUUGAGUGAUUCUGCAGAUGGAAACACCUUAGAAAAUAUAAAGUUCAACCAUUAACUGUAAAUGGCUGGGCCUUAAAACUAACUCUGUAUCAGCAGACAGCAGGAAACGGACUUUGUUAAACAUUAAACCAUGGCAUUUAACUGUGAGACAGACUCACACUUCCUGUUUGCCGUUACCACAGAUGCGUCACUUGAUUUAGAAAUGGGAGCACUAUUAGCAGCUGAUUGUCAGUCGGAUCCUUUUUUUAUUUAUGAAAUAACAAAACAGUCAUUUGGUUUUUUGUGGUCUUAGUGACCAUUUUCCAGUCAAUGACCACAGAAUCUUAAUUUGAAGGACCAAAGUUGUAUUACAGAUGAAAUGCGAUGAAACACCAAACGUCUUCAAGAAACCAAAGAAGUCCAGUUGCCUUCAUUUGAACACUUUGGAUACCAUGACCUGGAUGACUGAGAACCUUCACCAGCAAAUUACAGAUGAAGCUAAGACACCAUUAUUGGUCCAGAGAUCUUCGGGGAUGUGACCAACUUCAGCACCUUCCUGCUGGACCCAUCAUCAGGCAUGCUUGUCCUGGGUGCCAGGGAUGCCAUACUAGCUGUAGACACCAACAACAUGAGCAAACCACCAAAAAAGAUUGUUUGGGAUGUCCCGGAGGACAAGAGGAAGUCCUGUGUGGGGAAGGGAAAGACAGAGGUGGACUGCAAAAACUACAUCCGCCUGCUGGAAUUCCUGGGAAAUGAUCAAAUCUAUGUGUGUGGCACCUAUGCUUUCGACCCCCAGUGUGCAUUCCUGAACAUACCUUCCUUCAGUUUAGAGAAACUUGAAAAUGGAGGGGUAAAAAUGGAGACGGGGAAGGGCAAAUGCCCCUUUGAGCCCAGUCAGCAUCACACAGCAGUUAUGGCAGACGGCGUUCUCUACACGGCCGCCACCAGUAACUUCCUGGGAACGCUCUUUGACAUUUCCCGGGCGAUGGGACCUGAGCAGGAGCGCAUCCGAACUGAACAAUCCAUCAACUGGCUCAAUGACCCAAAGUUUGUCAGCUCUGCCUUCAUAGAGCAGCCUCCAGACAACAACCCAACAGGAGACGAUGACAAGAUCUACUUCUUCUUCACUGAGAUGGCCAAAGAGUAUGAUAUGUACAUCAAAGUUCCAAGAGUCGCACGAGUCUGCAAGUCCGACGUAGGCGGGAUGAAGACGUUGCAGCGCCGUUGGACCACUUUUCUGAAGGCCCAGUUGGUGUGUGAGGACAAACCUAGCAGUCAGCGCUACAACAUCCUCACUGAUGUUUUCACCAUUCAACACACUCCAGGCGAUCCCAGCAGCACACACUUCUACGGGCUCUUCACCUCUCAGUGGGAGCCUGAAGACUUGUCGGCCGUGUGUGUUUUCAGUCUCUCUGAAAUCAGCAAAGUGAUGAACGGCCCCUUUAGAGAACUGAAGAAGACCUGUGAGAACUGGAUUAAUCCUGAACCUGUUCCCACACCGAGACCUGGCCAGUGUUUGACCAGAGCAUUGAAGGAUGAAGGAUUUGAGUCCUCCUUGAAGCUGCCUGACAAGGUGCUGACAUUUGUGAGGGACCACCCUCUGAUGGAGAACAGUGUCACUGCAGCCCCCUUGCUGGUCCGGAAGGGACUCCGAUACACCAAGCUGGCUGUAAUGCUGACAGGAAAUGGAGGGAAUCAGAGAAAAGCAGUUCUCCAUCUUGGAACUGACCGUGGUGAGCUCCACCAGGUGGCAGUAGUGGACCAGAAUGCCACUUUGUUGCAAGAGAUUCCGCUUUUCUCCUCACAGGAGCCUGUUAACAACAUAAUACUACAUCAGGGCCGCGCUCUGGUGGGAAGCCCUCUGUCUUUGGCUGGAGUCCCGGCUGAAGGCUGCUCCCUGUAUCCCAGCUGUGAGGUUUGUGCCAGAGCCAGGGGACUGGGCUGUGUGUGGAGCACAGAGGACGAAACUUGCCAUGCAGCACAAGCAGAUCCUGGUCCAGGUGACAUCGUGGACCAGGCUUUAAGAACAUGUAAUACCCAUGCUGGCCGCUGCCAUCCAUCCAUUCAGGAGCUGAGGGUCACCAUGGGGUUACGUGUCCUGCUUCCAUGUGUCCAGCUGUCUCCCCGUCCCUGUAGCUGGGAGUACCCCCCACACAGACACACCAGGCAACACCAUUCUGACUUGGAGGUGACCGUCACAGAGGAUAGCCUUGGAAAAUAUGUCUGCACAUGCCAAGAGGGGGGCCCAAGCAUUAGAGACCCCACCCCCUGUCGCCGAGCAGCCUACCAACUAAUGCUGGAGGACCCCAGUGUUGGUGGAGUGAUGGCACAAAGAGUAGGCCGCCACAUCUUAGCCAUCUACAUCCUUUUCUUCUUCAUGGGCCUGUUGUUAGGAGGGUUCCUCAUCUUCUUUCUGACCCGGAAACGGGCUGGAACGGACCUGGGCCAUCAUGAGACAGAAAAGGGGCGAGAAUUGCUCGGCUCCUCAGCCACUCCCCAGUCCCCCAGCAGCGCCAGCCUUAUGUCGGACGCCUUCAGGAUGACGGAAAAACCAAACGGGACCACUAGUUCAACCACGACGACGACGCUCCUCAGUAAUCAGGACAAUGGUGGUCACCAUGGUAACAGCCACAGCAAUAACGUGAUUAACAGCAAGCCCAGCAAUGGACAUGCUCUGUAUGUCAAUUGCAGCACACUUAGCAGUGAGCUAAAGCUCAACUCAGAAAUAUUAAUAGCAAAUAGAUUGGACGGGAGGACGGGGGAGGGGGUGAUGUUGGAGAGGGAGUCGAGGGAGGGGGAUGAGCUAGAUGAGAGGUUGGGAGAUGGGUUAAGAGAUGGGAUGAAAGGACUUGAGGAGGAGUUUGCCAGCUUCCCGAUGUUUAAAUCCCCAGCUCCGCUGGCUAAGUGUGAAGAAAACUCAAUAUGAAGGAAAUGAGACUUUUUGAAGAUUUUUUCUGCAUCCAAAUAAACUAAGAACCACUGGGAUAAAUGCUAAAGAAGGUACUGCCAAAUGCUUCUGUAUGGGAGCUGUGGCACCAAGAGGGCUUACAGAGGUUUAUGAGAGUUUAAGAACCGUGCACGACAGAAACACACCUGUAAGUUAUGGACCACUUAUUGUUUGUCUCAGGUGAGCCACAGCAAAAAAUAAAUGCUUGGGAUGUAAAUGUCAAAUGUAAAUAUGAACAGAAAUGUGUGGGAGAACAUCUGCAGGUUGUUGUGUUAUUCUGAAGUUACAUGAAAUCAAAGAUGAAAUGUCUACCAGUGUAGACGUGGAAAAGCCAUAUUCUGUUGUUCUGUCAUCUCUCAUCACUUCAGCUGAUGGAUCUGCUAAAGGAAAAGUGUACUUUUGUCUCUGCACCAUUCUCUGUAUCCGGGUGUUUGCAAUGCUUGUUAGUCUUGCAAAUCUGGACCUCCAUCCAGCAAAGGACAGCUCAGGCCGUCCAGCUCUGCUGCUCCGGUCCUGGACCAUGACGAUUGAGAGGUGUUGUCAUCAGACACUGAAGGAACAUGAUUUCACUUUAGCAGGAAUAGGAUCGGGCUGUCCCUUUUCACAUUGCAGUAGAAAUUCAAAGAUUAAGGAUCGUCCAUUUGAUUUGUCUUUAGAAUUAUUGUUACCAGGACAGAAGACAAAUGUCUUUCAAAUGGUUUCAGUCUGAGAGAAUGGACCUUUUCUAACUCAAAACCACCUGCACCUCAUUUUGUGUGUUGGUCAACUUCAACAUAUAGUGUUUUUGCCAUGUUUUGUAAUAAAAUAUUGAACCGUUAA